AUGGGCUUAAGGAAACUCUUAGCGUCAGCAUCUCGGCAUUCAAAAGCGUCCCGUGAUGCUUAUGUGAUAGGAGAUCACUUGUCUGCCCAACAAUUUUCACUAAAGGCUCAGGAAGAAUGGAAGGCUGUUGAAAGGCUUAAUGCUAAGGCAGCUAAAGAAAUACUAAGUAUCAGGAAUUUUGAAAAUGAUGUGUGGAAAUUGGACUUGCAUGGUCUUCAUGCAAUGGAAGCAGUUCAAGCCCUACGGGAUCACUUGCAGAUGAUUGAGUCCCAGGUGCCACUAAGUCGGUUUGUAUCACCUAAAAGAGAUGAUGCAAAAUCAGGCUUUCUACAUUCUGCAUCUCUCAAGUCUUUGAGUCAUAUGGAUGUCCAGAAGUUGGAUAAACAAGAGGCAUCAUAUAGGCACAGACCAACAUCAUUAGAAGUCAUAACAGGUAUGAUCCUUUAUUUGAUGUGA